AUGUCCAUGCGCCAUCUGAUCUCUAUUGAAGACUUGACUGAUGAAGAGUUUGUUGCUUUGGUCGAAAGAGCAGAGUAUUACAAAAAAGUAUUCAAAAACAAUGAUUCUGCAGAAUUUCAAAAGCAUCAUUUGAAGCUAUUAGGUAAAACUAUCGCUUUAAUCUUUACUAAAAGAUCCACAAGAACUAGAAUCUCUACUGAAGGUGCUGCCACUUUUUUCGGUGCUCAACCUAUGUUUUUAGGUAAAGAUGAUAUUCAACUAGGUGUUAAUGAAUCCUUCUAUGAUACCACAAAAGUAGUGUCUUCAAUGGUUUCAUGCAUAUUUGCACGUGUUAACAAACAUGAAGAUAUCCAAAACCUAUGUAAACAUUCUUCUGUGCCAAUUAUCAAUUCUCUUUGUGACACAUACCAUCCUUUACAAGCCAUCUGUGAUAUGUUGACAAUCAAGGAAAAACUAGACUAUGUAAAUAAUAAACUAAAGAUUGCUUGGGUUGGUGAUGCUAAUAACGUUAUUAAUGAUAUGGCCAUUGCUGCUUUGAAAUUGGGUAUAGACGUCUCCAUUGCCACUCCAGAAGGCAUCGAAAUGGACAAAAACAUUGUGGAUGCCGCCUCUAAGAUUACUCAAAGAAACGGUUCUACUAUUGAGUACACUCACGAUCCAAAGCAUGCAGCUAAAGGUGCCCAUGUCCUUGUCACUGAUACCUUUGUCUCUAUGGGUGAGGAAUACGCUAAAGAAGCUAAAUUAAAACAAUUUGCAGGAUUCCAGAUUGAUAGUGAAUUAGCUAAAUUGGCUGAUCCAAACUUUAAAUUCAUGCAUUGUUUGCCCAGACAUCAUGAGGAAGUCACUGAUGAUGUCUUUUACGGCAAUCAUUCUAUUGUGUUUGAUGAAGCUGAAAAUAGAUUAUAUGCUGCUAUGGCCGCUAUCGACAUAUUUGUUAUUAACAAGGGUAAUUUCAAUUUACCACCUAACUAG